AUGGAUUCGACCAGCGACACCACUAUCAAGGCCAGCAAGGCAGGACGUCCAGUCCUCCUCUCCUUCGCCGAUAUGCCGGACUGGUUUCAACGUGAUAACAACAAGUGGAUUCUCCAUGGCUACCGACCGAUUUCUGGAUCUGUUCGCAUAUCCUUCCGCAGCUGGUCAUACGUUCACAAUGAGUCAGUCAACAUCUAUUCACACCUCAUUCCAGCGGCUCUCUUCCUGUUCGGCGAGUGGGGUGUCCAGCAGUAUCUCACUCAGCGAUACCCCGGAGUCGCGGCUGCCGAUCGCAUUGCCUUUUCCAUCUUCAUGGUCGCGGCCGUGACCUGUCUGUCAUUAUCAGCGACCUACCACACCUUGCUGAAUCACUCCCAACACAUGGAACAUGUUUGUCUGCGGCUGGACAUGCUGGGCGUCGUGAUAUUCAUACUUGGCGACCUCGUCUUGGGAAUCUAUGUGAUAUUCUGGUGCGAGCCUCUGCCUCGCAUUAUAUACUGGUCCUUGGUAUCGAUCUUUGGCACCUUGACCAUCGUCAUGACAUUACAUCCCAAGUAUCAGGGCAACAAAUACCGUACAUUUCGAGCUUUGAUGUUCGUGGCAACUGGCAUGUGCGGCGUUGCGCCCUUGAUCCAUGGGUUUUUUGCGUUCGGCACGUCGCAGAUGAUGAGAAAAGCAUUCCCUUACACCAUGGCGAAAGCAGGCUGCCUACUUUCCGGGGUCUCGUUCUACGCAACCAGAUAUCCCGAAAGCAGUUAUCCAGGCAAAUUCGACCUCUGGGGCUCCCAUUCGAUCUUCCACGUUCUGGUGGUUUGCGCGGCUGUGGUCCAGCUCGUGGGUUAUCUGGACGCCUACGACUACGCCCACGCUUAUUUGACUUGCUCCUCUCCGUGA